CGCAAACAGGCUGCAUAUUUCAAGUGAUUUCCCUUUGCGGCACGCAUUCCAAGCAAACGGACAGCUUCUCGGUGCUGGAUGGAGCAUAGUGCGGCUCGAGACGGCUGAUUGAUAAGAUUAGAUGCAAAUUCUCGCUGGCUUGGCGUAACCACUCGGCAACUCGGAAACCAUUCGCUGCUCCCGAUGUCGCCGUGUAGACUCGGGCGUACGGGCUGUCUGAGGUGAAGGCGUCAAGGACGAUGGGUGAUGUGUCGAGUGACGGAGGCUGGUGCUGACAGUGCCGAGGGGCUGCAUGUGUGAGAUUGCAGGCGGCUGGCCCGUCGGUGCGUCGAGGCAGUACUUAGUAGACGCUGCACCCAGCAACAUCGAGCAGCCAUGGCCUACUCUUACUUUGGCGGGCCGCACAGCAUUGAACCCGCGACAGACGCCGGCGUGUAUGCAGACAAGGCAGCAGCCCACACGCCCAUGGCCGUUGGCAGCGUAGACUCGGGGCUCGGCGCGGACCUCGACGAUGGCCAGCCACACCAGACGCGGAGCAGCAGCGAGGAGAAGGACAGCCUGACGCCUGCCCAGAGCAGGCGCAAGGCACAGAACAGGGCAGCCCAGCGCGCGUUCCGUGAGCGCAAAGAGCGCCACGUCAAGGAGCUCGAGACGAAGCUCUCCGCCCUCGAGUCCAGCGCCCACUCGCUCCAGUCCGACAACGAGCGCCUCAAGGCCGCCCUCGACCGCGCCCGCACCGAAAACGACAUCUUGCGCGCCACUAGCCGUCACUCCCCCUCGGGCUCGCGCCCCAUCUCCGCCACGUACCCCUCGCCAGGCGCCUAUCUGCCUCUCGACGACGACGACGACGACGAAGAAGAAGAAGAAGAAACAGGCGCGGGCUACAGGGUGGAAUCCCUGACCAACGCCACCGUGGUGAACACGGCCGCGAAAGAGCAUUCACGCACCCGCGCCAGGGGGAAAGAGGUCCCGGCUGCCCAGGCCUGGGACCUCAUACAGCAACAUCCGCUCGUCAAGCAGGGUCUGGUCGACGUGGCCGAUGUGUGUGAGCGGCUGAAAGGCUCGGCCAAGUGUGACGGCCACGGCCCCGUCUUUGAAGAGAGCACCAUCUGGCGAGCAGUCGAUGAGUCGCGGCGUUGCGGCGGCGAUGAGCUCAUAUGAUUGCUGCCUCCAUACUCCUUGUGUCUUUUACUAUUCUUUUAGGCUACCCCGCUGGCUUUGCGUUUUGGGCGUUGGGCGCUC